CCUCCGUGCUCGGGAACCACGCGCACUCUCGUGUAGUCUAAACUUAUCACGAACUAGCGUGCUCAGCAUAUAUAUGACAAACAGAGCUUUGAGAGAAGCUUUGAAGAUUUUAAUACCAUAUUGAGCUGUCAUGCUUCUCCGGUUUUUUGAUGGCAUCAAAAACAAAGAUGUCCGGAUCUCUAAAGAUAUGUUGCACGUUUCGGGAUACACGUUACCAAUGUAGACCCUAUUGCGUAACAUUCUAAUAUAAAGAAAUGGAUCCGGACCACAUAUCCGGGAUUGUGCGUUCGAUUCACUGUCAUGGGACACAUAAAUUGUGACGAUGCGGCCGACUGAAAGGCGUUGACUAGGUUUACAUAAAGACUGUCCUGUAGUAGGUGUCGACUGACAAACUAGGAGACCACGAGCAUCGCAAAACAUCAUCAUGGCGAUGUGUACAGGGCCAUGAGAACUAUGAAGGUCCAGACCUCCCUUUACUCCACGACCCCGGUACAGGCCUGUGUCUACUACGUCAACUUUAAUCCCAGUGUGUUUGUGUCGAGUGAUGGAAGGUCCAGGCAUUCCGCUAGUUAAAAGUGAUGGAUAUUACGCUCGUUACGUCAGCACAGAUCAUCUAAUAGAAGAAGACAAAAUCACCAUGAGUUCCGGAAUGAAGUCCCCGCAAAUCAAACAACAUCUUGGACACAGAUUGCGCAGACGCAAAGAGCUAAUCGGUAAGCGGUCCAUGGUGGUCGACUUGUCGUUUAUAUUAAGCAUUACUGGUGUCGUUAUAAUAGUGAUCGACACGGAACUUCAAUUUGCAGGGAUUGUCUCCCCUUUGGACGCCAUAUCUAUCACGAUGCGCGCGAUAACUACCGUUACUAGUGUGCUACUAGUGUUGUCCGUAGUUGCCUAUAAUCUUAUUGGCAUACAGCUGAAGAUCGUAAGUGCGGGCCUGGACAACUGGCAACUCGUCAUCACGUAUAGUACUGUGUUAAAAAUGAUCGCCGAGGCAAUCGUAUGCUUCUUCCAUCCAUUUCCAUUCGGUGAUAUAAAAAUUCCGAUGACUGUUGUUGAGUUUGAGGCGGAACGAGCCGAAUUCAACACGCGGUAUGUGCCGCUCAAUUCCAUUUUAGCCAUUUUAAUGUUCCUUAGAUUAUACAUACUCGGAAGAUUCCUAGUGGUCCACAGCGACCUCUUCAAGGACACGACAGUUCAGAGCCUUGGGACUCUUAGUAAAGUCAACAUCAACGCCCAGUUUGUGUUUAAGGCGUUGAUGACGACGCGACCAGGCACGUGUCUCUCGGCUAUUUUGGUGACAACGUUGCUGAUAAACAGCUGGUCGCUAAGAGUCUGUGAGUACCACACGAACCCUGCGGACGGGAAGGAUCACUACGCACAAGCGUUGUGGCUAACGGCCGUGACCUUUCUCACUUUAGGAUACGGUGACGUCACACCACAAAGUAUUUGUGGUAGAGUUAUAGCAAUACAAACAGGACUAAUGGGAGUCGGUAUAAUGGCACUUUGCGUCGCAGUUCUCGCCCGAAAACUAGAACAAACGAGACCUGAACGAUACGUUCAUACGUUCGUUCAGCAAAUUCAUAUGGAUAAACUAAAGCGGCACGCGGCGGCGGAUGUUGUAAAACAGUCUUUCAUUGUGUGGCGGUUACGAAAGCGGGGUUACGCUUUGAAUCAUAGGUAUAUUCUACGUCAUCGCCGGAAAUUAUUGGACGCCAUCAGGAAAAUGAACCAAUCCCACCUCAUCAAGUCUCAUCUACGCGAGUGUGCAAUCGGAACGGUGGAGGUUUCUAAAGGCGUGGGCGAGGUGAAUGACAUAGUUACUUCUCUCAAGGAGGAAAACCUCCAUGUGAAUCAGAGACUGGAAAACCUGGAGAAACUGGUCACAAACAUACAUUUCCAAUUGUACGAGAUGAAAGAAAUGUUACGAGCGUCUUCGAAGAACAAUUGAGACAUAUUCCCAUAUCUUGAUGACAAUGAUGGUGACGAUGAUGGUGAUGAUAUUGAUGCUGAAUCAAAGUCCGUUAUAUUAUUCCUCGUUAUAUGCAAUUCCCAGACAGACGUUUAUUGUGCACGGUUUGUGCAGUGUUACUGAUGAUUGUUUCUAUUAAAGUUCAGCCCACCAUG